AUGAAUGUCGCUUCCAUUCUUCUGGUAACUUGUCUACUGGGACUCUGCCAUUGCAGGAGGUCCAAACUUCCCACUGACGGACUCUUUAUCGAGGUUCUAGACGACUAUGCAGAGGAUGAGAUUGUGACCAGUAAUUUUGUAGAGGAGACAAGGAAAAGAGGAUCGAACGACAAAAGACUUGUCUGGGAUAUGGCCCAUGGAACUGCUUAUGAAGUAGAGUACACACUGUCAUCGGCUCGUAGAUCUAAUGCUGGAAAGGUAGAAGAUGUAGCAGUGGAAGAUUCAAGGAGACUACCUUACUCUAGACAUACUACUAAUCCCAUUACUCUCAAUCUUUCUGAACCUGAUCCAUCAAUCUGCGGAGCCAUUAGAACAGAUGUUGAUGGCAUUCCUGCAGUAGUAUACCUCUUAAAGUCUAGCCAAAUUAAUAAAAUUGUGAAUGGAGACAAAAAGGUCUGGAUAGCAUCUAAGAUGAAGGUUGGCACAGAUCUACCUACUAAGUUCGCUCUGGAUCUAUCUUCUCUCAAGGAAGAUGAUGAAAAAUAUCAACUUGUAAAAUGCGGGAAGGAUGAUGUUAAUCGUUUGGUUACUCCACACCCUGGUAAUCUUAUAGAAAGAAUCAUAGAUGGAAAUUUGGAAGUAUGGACUGCCAGUGACGGCCAUGUUUGUUACCUUUGCGAAUAUUAUCCCAAGGAUGACUCUGGAGAGAUAAAGUUACAUGUCAGGAAGAACGAAGACUUAUUAUCAUUUUCUCGCUUUGAGAAAGUUGGAGAGUGGAAGAAAAGGUAA